CGCCGACCUUCUGCGCAGGCGCAGCAGGGCGAGCAGGCGCGGCGCGAUGCCGGGGCGGCACGUUUCGCGAGUCCGCUCCUUGUACAAGCGCAUCUUGCAGCUGCACCGGGCUCUGCCCCCGGACCUCAAAGCCCUGGGUGACCAGUACGUGAAGGACGAGUUCAGGAGACAUAAAACUGUUGGCUCUGGCGAGGCCCAGCGUUUCUUGCAAGAAUGGGAGGCCUAUGCUGCUGUGUUAUGGCAACAAGCUAAGGAUAGCAGACAAAGUUCAACAGGAAAAGCUUGUUUUGGCACCUCUCUCCCGGAAGAAAAACUCAAUGACUUUCGUGAUGAGCAGAUUGGACAAUUGCAAGAGCUGAUGCAAGAAGCUACUAAACCCAAUCGGCAGUUUAGUAUCACUGAGUCUAGGAAACCAAAAUUGUGAUACAUAAAUCUUAACAAAGCAUGUUAAAUUUAUAACCUCUUACCUCAUCUGUCAUUGUUUUUUUGAAAAUAUAUCCCUGCAGCUUUAAUGGAAUAGUCUCUUAUUUUUGGAUUGUAUUCAUGAUAAAUGGAUCAGGAUCACAAAUGGCACACUGUGCCAUCACCGGAGUAACAUAUUUACUGUGUGGAAUGUAAUUUUGUGGAAUUUAAUUCUUGGACUAAAAAGACUUAAAAAGAGCAUA